CUAGUACAGGAAAAAUGGAAAUUUCUAGGAUACCCUAAGUUCACUAUAUCGUUUAACCUCAUAUAAUAGUAAUACACGACAAAAUCCAUCUUUUAGGAGGGGUGGAAAUUGACAUAUUUUACGCGACUCGCGUGGUUUUCGAGGCUCUCAGCUUGACGAGGUUCAGCUUUAUCCUAAAAGAUGAAUUACAUUAAAUAAAUGUAAGGUUGAGAAGGAUGUCUAUAGCGAAGAACAUCUACUGUUGAGAGACUUUAGCACUCGGAGGUUUUUUCUAGAGUCUCUAAAUUCCAUGAAUAAGAGAGUAAAUUCGAAACUUUGAGGAGGUGGUUUAAUAAUACUAAUUAUUAUUAUUAUUAUUAUUACUAUAAAAGGUGCCUAUUGUGAAUGCACGGAAGUAUGAACACGAUGCGUAUAACUCCAGGAGACUUUCCGCAACAGGAAGAAUAACACCUGGGAGCGAAAGAAAUACAUACAUUUAUAUCCACAAAAACUAACAAUUUUCUGAAAAUUCAACUACAACAAUAAUAUUUCGAAUAGAAAUAGCAAGUAAAUUUGAUAAAUGAUCCUCAUUUACUCUUCUUUUUUAACCUAUUCCUUAUUAUGCAAGACGAGGGACCUUGCAUUAGGUAGCGUAUUUUCACUCCCUUCAAAUCCCGCCUUUUCAAGAAAGGACAACCCCAACGAAGGGAAAUAAAAUACUAAUACCCCCCAAAGGUAAAAUACCUACUAUAUUAGUCAUUAGUGAGCCCAUGUAUCACUUACAUAUUGUCGAUAACGUCGGGAGCGUCCUGGGCAGUCUCCUUUUUGCGCAUUUCACCCUGCGAUGUGGGAAUUUGCGCAAAUUUAUUUUACUGAGCGCGAGUGCGGUGCCGGUGCAUCUCGCGCGGUUUAACCUCCACAACAGUCGAGGGGACUCCAAUCUCUCCCUUCGCUAUUCGGGCGAGCCGGGCGAGGCGGAAAACUCCCCAAAUCAUUCCACCCUCGGCGUAGCGACUCUCGGCAAUCCGGUCCACACCAUCCUGGAAACUGAAAAUGAACCCGAUGAAAACAACAACGCGCGCGUAUUGCAAAUCGCCGCGGCAAUCCUUCGAGGCGAUUGGCCCCCUUCUGGGAGCAGUGAUAAAGAGGAUCGCGUUGUGGAAUCGCUUCCAUGGCUUUGUCCUUUGGAAAAGCGAAACAACGCAAUUCGGCGCUAUCCUUUCUUUCAAUCGCCUUUUGCUAAGGCGGAGCUGAGCUUAUCGCGUCUCCAUGGAGCGCGCCUACACGAAUUAGAGGCGCCGAAAGAUAUCGCGCCGUAUUUUCAUUUUAUUUUAGCCGUGCAACCCUCCACCUAUGAUUAUUUAUGUGAUUAUUACCGAGACCGACACUCUUCUCAUUCUUCUACAGGGUUUCCCCUCUCUCGUUCGGUGAUUUUCUGCGUUGGCGGUGGUAAUGAUGAUAUCACUCGAACCAUUUUCAUCGCACAAAAAUUUGUGGAAGGGCUCGUGGGGGCAGGGGGAGCGGUGGAGAACAGUAUCAACGCUGGAAGUGAUAGUGAAGACGAAGGUGAAUUAGAAGAAAAUGACAAGAACGAUUGCGAGGAAUGGGUUGAACGAGUUGACGGAACCUUACAAGCGCUUUCUUUUCAAUAUGGAGCCGAGAUUUUUUUAAUGAUUAUCUAA